AUGGAUCCUCCUUCAGGCUCAAGAGUCCUGGCCAGCCCAACCCAGGAGCCCAGCAGCAACAGCAGCUCAGCGGCCCCAGCCAACAGAUGGGACAGCUCGCAGAACAGCCCCUCCAGCCUGGGCCAGCUGUCGUCCAGCAGCCCAACGGUAAGCCUUGGGGAGUGUGCAUAUGCACUGAGCCCUCUUGACCCCUUCCCCACAGUUGAUGUUCCAGACCAUGCCCACUACACUUUGGGCUCUGUGAUCCUUUUGGUGGGGCUCACUGGGAUGCUGGGCAAUCUCACAGUCAUCUACACCUUCUGCAGGAGCAGAGGCCUGCGGACACCUGCCAACAUGUUCAUUAUCAACCUCGCAGUCAGUGAUUUCCUCAUGUCCUUCACCCAGGCCCCUGUCUUCUUCGCCAGCAGCCUCUAUAAGCGGUGGAUCUUCGGGGAGACAGGCUGUGAGUUCUACGCCUUCUGUGGGGCCCUGUUCGGCAUAAGCUCCAUGAUCACACUGACGGCCAUAGCCCUGGACCGCUACCUGGUGAUCACGCGCCCACUGGCUGCUGUUGGCAUGGUGUCCAAGAGGCGGACAGGUCUGGUCCUACUGGGGGUCUGGCUCUACUCCCUGGCCUGGAGUCUGCCGCCCCUCUUUGGCUGGAGUGCCUACGUGCCUGAGGGGCUGCUGACGUCCUGCUCCUGGGACUACGUCACCUUCACACCAUCUGUGCGCUCCUACACCAUGCUUCUCUUCUGCUUCGUGUUCUUCCUGCCCCUGCUUGUCAUCAUCUACUGCUAUAUCUUUAUCUUCAGGGCCAUCCGGGAGACUGGCCGGGCCUGCGAGGGCAGUCGCGAGUCUCCACAGCGGCGACAGUGGCGACGGCUGCAGAGCGAGUGGAAGAUGGCCAAGAUUGCGCUGCUGGUUAUCCUUCUCUUCCUGCUCUCCUGGGCCCCCUAUUCUACGGUGGCAUUGGUGGCCUUUGCUGGGCAUGCGCACAGCCUGACCCCCUACAUGACCUCCGUGCCGGCUGUCAUCGCCAAGGCCUCUGCUAUCCACAACCCCAUCAUCUACGCCAUCACACAUCCCAAGUACAGGGUGGCCAUCGCCCAGCACCUGCCCUGCCUGGGGGUGCUGCUGGGCGUGUCGGGCCAGCACAGCCGCCCUUCCCUCAGCUACCGCUCCACGCACCGUUCCACGGUGAGCAGCCAGACCUCCGACCUCAGCUGGAUCUCAGGCCGCAGGCGCCAGGAAUCCCUGGGCUCUGUGAGCGAGGUGGGCUGGGCAGACACGGAGGUUGCGGCUGCGUAUGGGGCUUCCCCAUUGGUGAGUGGGCGGUACCUCUAUGGUCAGGUUCUGGAGAAUGAGGAAGCCAAGGCUGCUCCCAGAUGCCAUGGACCGGGAGCUGAGACUCCCCGGAAGACCAGGGGGCUGCUCCCCAGCCUGGAUCCCAGGACCUAGGACAUCCAUCGGCUCUUCUCUUCUGGAGCACGCCCGGCCCUCUUCUCCUGACUCCCUCCCAUGUCCUAGGUGUCCGACACCACCCCCCCAGCCACACACACACAUUCAAAUCCAGGAUUACUGCUGAUGUAUGGCCCUGAGUAACUCCAUGCUGCACUCCCCAUGCCUAGCAGCCUCACCAGCGCCUACUCUUGCCUCCAGCUCAGCAACUGUCCAACUCCCCUCAGACACUGUGUGCUGUGUUUGUCCCCACAAGGGGGGACAAUGGUGAUGGCUCCAGGGGACACGCCAGCUGUUUAUGCACCAGGCAGCUCCAGCCAUCUGUGUAUCCAGGCUGGGCACUUCAGUAGCCCUGGAAGACCGACUCUGUAGCUCUGGCUCCUGUGGUUGGGAGAGGCAACAGCACAGUGCUCGCUUUCUUCAUAUGCCUGGAUUCUCCCUGCUGCCUUCCUGUCCCAUGCACAGUUCCCAUGCAUGCAGGAUAUGUGGGUACACCACCUCCCAAAAGUCCUCAAGCUCAUGCUCACAUACUGCCCUUGUGCUGUCUCACAUCAGUGCUCCAAGUUCAACCUAGAGCUAUGUGGAUGUCCAGGAUACGGGAGAAUAAAAAGCAUAGAAAGCCUCCUGUGUGA